CCUGAUUCCAUUCCAGUUGUUCGUUAUCGAAUACCUUCUCUAACAAUAAUCACCCCCUCUUCUUCAACGCUCACUCAAUCGAUCAAUCAAUCUCUGCAGAAAAGAGAACAGAAAACCCUAAUCUUGCAGGUCUCUCUCCCCGCCUGUUGAGCUCUUGGAGCUUAGGCAUUUAACAGGAAAAAUGAGCAAUUUGAGAACUAUCUGUAGGCCGCAUACUGUGUUCGCUUCCUUCAUGUGCUGUAGGCACGAAGCUCAAUCCAGAGUUAGGGUUUCAUUUCGGAACCCUGACUUUAAGCCUCCGUUAUCGUCGCCUUCUCUUUUUUCUCCUUGGCUCCGUGGAAAUGAACCGUGGUUUCGCGUUAACCAGAGGAGAACUGCGGUUAGGGCUUCCAGUUGGGCCGAUCAGAAAUCUCCAUAUGAAACUCUCGAGUUGGAAAGGGAUGCGGAUGAAGAGCAGAUUAAGGUUGCUUACAGACGCUUGGCCAAAUUUUACCAUCCAGAUGUCUAUGAUGGUAAGGGGACUCUUGAGGAAGGAGAAACAGCUGAAGCUAGAUUCAUCAAGAUUCAAGCUGCAUAUGAGUUGCUUAUGGAUGAGGAUAAACGGAGACAAUAUGAUAUGGAUCACAGGGUCAAUCCAAUGAAGGCAUCACAAGCAUGGAUGGAGUGGCUCAUGAAAAAGCGAAAAGCUUUUGAUCAACGGGGUGAUAUGGCCAUUGCAGCAUGGGCUGAACAACAGCAGCGUGAGAUGAAUCUCCGUGCACGCCGUCUUUCUCGUUCAAAGAUUGGCCCUGAAGAAGAGAGAAGAAUCCUAGCAAGAGAGAAAAAAGCGUCUGCAGAGUAUUUUACCAACACCCUCAGGCGGCAUACACUUGUUUUAAAGAAGAGGGACUUGAUGCGGAAGAAAGCAGAGGAAGAGAAGAAAAAGGCUAUCAAUCAGCUUUUGGCUGAAGAAGGCCUUGAGCUAGAUACUGAUGAUGAUGAUGAUAAUGAUGAUGAUAAUAAAGAAGAAGCUUUGUAGAGAAUGAUGAAGCUCUGUAGAGAAUGAUGCAGAUAUUAGCUGACUGCUCUCGAUUACAUUAUACAUUUUGGAAUAUCCAUCAGGAGCAAACCAAUACAUAUUCUAUUUGUAGAAAAAUUAAUUGUACAUAUGAUUAAUUUUCAAAAAAAAUGAAAUUUGCCAUUUAUACCAUCCACUAUACAGCCUCAUUAGCAAGCACUCAAGUUUUGAUGCUUCACC